CUGGGUAACACGCUAGCGUCCUGCCUUGUAGUAACAUGACAUAUGCCUAUGUUGGGGCUGAACCUUACGAGCCACCUCUCAGUGUGAGUGGUCGAGCUCCUGCGUCUGCCCAAGUCGGCCGCCAGUCAUCCCCGGACGCUGGUUCAAAUUGAUGGCGACCACUCCAGACAGCAGCAAAGACCGCAGACCGAUCAGGAGACUCCGCUCCAAGAGCGACACCCCUUAUCUCGUUGAAGCCCGGCUCUCCUUCAACCUGCGGACAGCUGAGGAAGUAGAGAGGCUGGCCGCCAUGCGUUCCGAGUCCUUGCUCUCCGGCUCCCACACUCCGCCCAUCCGUCGUCGGAGCAAGUUUGCCACUCUGGGACGCCUCCUCAAGCCCUGGAAAUGGAGGAAGAAGAAGAGUGAGAAGUUCAAGCAGACAUCCGUUGCUCUGGAGAGGAAGAUGUCAAUGCGACAGAGCCGCGAUGAGUUGAUCAAGAGAGGAGUGCUGAAAGAGAUCUUUGAAAAAGCAACCGUUGAGUUUGGAUCCUCGAUGGACGGCAGAGUCUGCGCUCAGGAGCCCUCUAUUAAGUCAUGUAUGGUCCUGCCCACCAAGAAAUGUGUCACCUACUCGGGUGACCUUCAGGAUAACCCCGCCAAGCCGCCGCUGUACCACAAAAAGCCUCCUGCUCUCCCUCCAAAGCCUUUCUCUAGGAUCCCAAACCAUAGCACAGAUUCUUGCCAGCCAAUGAAGUUGCCCUUUAUGCCCGGGGGAAAGCACUCCCCGCCUCUGCCUCCCAAGAAAGUGAUGAUUUGUGUGCCUCCGGGGGGGACUGGACUCCUCCCCUGUGGCCCUCCCCAGGGCAUGUCGCUCCACCACGGCACCUUGCUGCCCUCCCACCUGGCCGCGCUGUCGGGCCUCCAUCAGAGCCACGGCCACGGCCACCCGCUCCAGCUCCAGUACGGCAGCCUGCACGCGCCCAGCCGCAUCAUCGAGGAGCUCAAUAAAACCCUGGCGCUCUCCAUGCAGAGGUUUGAAAGCUCGGCGUUGCACGGCGUUGGCCAGUGUUUCCCCCUGGACAGGAGAGAAGUGCCGUCUGUGAUCAUCGACUACGAGGAUGACAAGGAGAACAUGCCCAACGAGUGCGACUACGAGGAUCUGCCCAGCAUGUACAAGGACGAAGACGACGAGGACGACGACGAGGACGACGACGAGGACGACGACGAUAUAUUUACAAGUGAACUGGCGCAGAAGGUGCUGAGGAAAGACUCUCUGGCCAUCAAGCUGAGCAACCGUCCAUCCAAAAGAGAGCUGGAGGAGAAAAACAUCCUGCCCAUGCAGACGGAUGAGGAGAGGGUGGAGUCCAGGCAGCAGAUCGGCACCAAACUCACAAGGCGCUUGAGUCAGAGACCCACGGCGGAGGAGCUGGAGCAGAGGAACAUCCUCAAACCUCGCAAUGAGCUGGAGGAAAUGGAGGAGAAGAGGGAGAUAAAACGAAGGCUAACGCGAAAGCUGAGCCAGAGGCCCACUGUGGAGGAGCUGAGACAGGCCAAGAUUCUCAUCCAAUUCAGUGACUAUGUGGAGGUGUCAGACGCCCAGGACUACGACAGGCGGGCGGAUAAACCCUGGACCCGGCUCACAGCCGCUGACAAGGCGGCGAUACGGAAGGAGCUCAACGAUUUCAAGAGCCACGAGAUGGAAGUGCACGAGUCGAGUCGCCAUUUAACCAGGUUUCACAGACCAUAGAAGACCACCACUGUCUUGAGCAGUGCCAGACCGGCGCUCUCCUCCACUGAGAACCUUAAGUGCUGGACAGUAAAAUGGUGCCCGUUUCUACAAUAAGGCCAUGUC